AUGUCUGAACGACGAAAACUAGUAAUAGUUGGGGCUUCUCUAACUGGGCUGACAGUCGCGAACCUUUGUCAGAACGAGUGCGAUGUCAUCCUAUUGGAGCAGAACGAUACGCUCUACUCAGGAAAGCACAACGGCGGAUUUUCUCUUGGACGUUGGGGCCGAAAGAUAUUCGAAGAAUACGUCCCUGCGCCUGACUUACUUGAACGCUCUAUACGCAGUGAACAGCUCUUGAUAUUUUCCCCAGAUAAUGAUGAGAUGGUGCCUGUGCCAGAAGAGCAUCGUGUUGUAAUGACUACUUGGCUCGAUGCGUACCAGGUACUAAUGCGAGAUGUGGUUGUAGAGUACGAGAAAAACUGGAAAACAGCGAGCGAGGCACGCCCAACGCUCCGCAUAGGCGCGAAUGUGGAAAACGCACAGUACAAAGAUGGGAAAUGGACUAUCACAUAUCACUCGACAGCCACCAAUCGUGUCGAGACAGAGACAGCUGACAUGCUCGUCGCCGCGGACGGUGCCCAAUCCACCAUACGGAAGCUCACGUCCCCAGGUGUAGUGCCCAGCUACGAGCAGGUCGUGGCAUGGCGCGGCCGAGUACCAGCCGAUGUUUCUGUCGAUGAAGAAAAGAAAAUUGAUGAACGAAUCAAGAAAGGCCUGCUUGUCUGGUACAAGAUGCACGGGUCUCAAUAUAUCAUCCUGUAUGGUGUGCCAGGCUUUGGCAAUGCCGAUGACAACGAUGAUAUGGUGAUCGAAUGGUGUUGGUAUCAUCCGUACGAGCAGGAUACCGACCGAGACCUUGAGAAGGUCAUGACCACGUUCAUAGACAGAGGGCGGCAUGUCAAAGGACGUGCAGAGAAAUGGAAGGAUUAUCUUGACGCCGCCAAAACCAGGUUUCCAAAACCCGUCUGGGAGAUGCUCUCAAAGUGUGAGACCCCUUGGAUUACCAAAGUGAUUGCUGCCCCUCUGGCUAUGAGACCCAUCUCUGUCGAUGAGCUUGAUGAAGACACCGACGACGAGAUUGGUGACGAAAGUUGGGAGCAGGGUGGCGACACGUCCGCUUCGUCACCACAAUUAAAAAGGCUUUGGUUCGCCGGUGAAGCAUAUGCUCCACUCCCGCCUUUCCUGGGUUCGACCUUUGAGCCUGGUGCCGAGCAUGCUGUGGCCAUUCUAAAUCUCAUCCAAGGUAAGAGCGAUGAGAGAGAACUUCGGAGCUGGCAAAGUGGGGGUACAGCACAGAGGCUAUGGUCGAGUAAAAUGGCUGGCUGGGAAGGAAUGGGUCUCCCAGACACCGAGACCUGA